GCGAGAGUCGUUCAUAAUGGCUGUGUGACUUAUGUACCGCGAAAUCAUUUUAAUUGUGAAAAAGAAAACAAAAGUAUUAAGGAAAGCUGUAGAACACGGGGUUUAUUGCACACCUAUUAAAUAAGCAAAAGAUUAGUAUUUAUGAAUUGACAAAGAAAAUUGAGAGCGAGUUCCGGCAUUUGGUGUGCAAACAAAUAAUAUUUUGACGUGAUAAAUUAUAAUUACAUACUAUAUGUACAUAUAGUAUAUACUAGAAUUAGAAGUACUUGACUCAGCCGUUUAAUGAUUAUUUGAUGGCCAAAGCAGUUUGGUAGCUAGGUCAUUCAGUGUGUGAAACUUGCAUUGUUGUGACUCUCACGAGAACGAUUUUAGAUUGAACAAAAUGCAGAUAUUGUUGGAGUUGAAUUUUAAACAACGCAACUCCACCCGUCUGGUCGUUCUCAUUUUUGGAUUAUUGGCAUUCAUAGCAUUUAAAGACAGUACUAACGGAUGCCUGUUUUUGGGCGCUGCAUUGGCUUUAAUGUUUAGGAACCCGACGUUAGUGUAUGCUUUCGGGACUACGGUUAAGCGUGAUAUUAUAGCUGGAUAUCGCUUUCUUAGAAUGAACCUCUUUAUUAUGCGCAUGGAACGAAAGCAAUGGACAAUAGCACGCAUAUUUCAAGAACGUGUGAAGAAGCAACCCAAAAAGCCAUGCUUUAUAAUGGACGAUCGUUCGCUUAGUUUUCAGUGGAUAGAGAACUAUACAAAUAAAGUUGGUGCAUAUUUCAAAGCACAAGGCUUGAAACAUGGUGAUUGUGUAGCUUUAGUCAUGGAGACCAGGCCCGAGUAUGUAUGUUUGUGGCUUGGUCUCUCCAAGAUCGGUGUCGUAACAGCUUUAAUUAAUUCGAAUCUACGACGCGAUACCCUACUGCAUUCUAUCAAAGUGGCAAAAGCCAACAUAAUAAUUAUUGGUACAGAGCUCAGCAAGGCUUUGGAAGAAAUUUACGAUGAGGUGGAUAUCAAAACCUUGCCGAUUUACCAAUUUAGCGAUGAAGAACAGCGGGAUAACGAUAAUUUUAAGCUUUUUAAAGGUGCUGUUGAUCUCACCGCCGCCCUAGAGCUACAGCCAAUAGAGGAUCUAAGCGCGGACAUUGCGGCUUGCAGUACAAAGGACAAAUUAUUAUUCGUCUACACUUCUGGUACUACGGGAUUACCAAAGGCUGCUGUAAUAAAUAACUUAAGAUACUUAUUUAUGGCUAGCGGAAUCCACCACAUGUUGUCUCUUAACGCUGGCGAUAUUAUUUAUACAGCGUUACCACUGUAUCACACGGCUGGAGGUAUAGUUGGUGUGGGAAAUGCGCUGAUUCAUGGUUGUACCAUAGUAAUGCGAAAAAAGUUUUCAGCAUCAAAUUUCUGGAAGGAUUGCAUCAAAUAUAACUGCACUGUAGCACAAUAUAUUGGUGAAUUGUGUCGCUAUUUGUUAUCCACAUCACCAAAGCCAGAAGAUACACAACACCGACUACGCUUGAUGUACGGCAACGGGUUGCGUCCACAAAUUUGGUCACAAUUCGUAUCAAGAUUUAAUAUUCCGAGUAUUGGAGAGGUCUACGGCUCAACAGAGGGAAAUUCCAAUCUCGCCAAUGUCGCCAAUCAAGUGGGUGCUGUGGGUUUCGUACCAUUAAUUGCGCGUUACUUUUAUCCAGUGCAAAUCAUUAAAUGUGACGAAGAAACUGGCGAACCCAUUCGCAAUUCGAAUGGGUAUUGCCAAAGAUGUUCACCGGGAGAGACAGGUUUGCUCGUAGGUAAAGUGAAUCCUAAGCGGGCGGUAACUGCAUUCAAUGGGUAUGCCGACAGAGAAGCAUCCGAAAAGAAGUUGCUGCGAAAUGUUUUCAGAUCAGAAGAUAUAUUUUUCAAUUCUGGGGAUAUGGUGGUUGUGGACAUACUCGGUUAUUUCUACUUCAAAGAUCGCACUGGUGAUACAUUCCGUUGGCGUGGCGAAAAUGUCGCCACACAAGAAGUGGAAGCGAAUAUUACGAACGUGAUUGGUCUAAAAGAUUGUGUUGUAUAUGGGGUGGAUAUUCCCUACGUAGAAGGCAAAGCUGGUAUGGCAGCUAUAGUUGAUCCUGAUCGCAAAGUGGACAUGCAACAUCUAUCAGCUGGCGUUCGGGGAAGUUUGCCAGCCUAUGCGCGACCGCUUUUUAUUAGAUUAAUGAACGAUAUACCACGCACCGCUACUUUUAAACUGAAAAAAAUAGAGCUUUCCAGAGAAGCCUUCGAUAUUCGUCGAAUCAAAGAUCCAAUAUAUUACUUAAACAAAGAUGGCAUAUAUCGCUUCUUGUCUGAGGAACAGUUUGAAGAUAUUUUGCAGGGCAAAGCCGGGCUGUAACGUGACAGAACAGAAGCGAUUAAUCUUUCCAUAUUAUUGUAUAUACAUUCAUAUUUUUAUUUUUAAAAAAUCAGGUUACUGUGUAUAUACAUAUAUAUAUAGUGAAUGAAAUAGCUUUGUUGAACAAUUUAACACGUGAUGCAAGAAGAACUUAUGUAGACUGUAUUAUUAGAUAAUUCCAUGACUUAGGAUCUUUAAAUAAUGGCAUUUUUUUUACUAAUAGAAAGCCAAAAGUAUCGUAUAAGUAUAGAUUUUGAAAUUACUUCGGCGAAUUGCGAACAAAUACGUUCAUUUUAGAUGGUCUGUUUGAUAUUACAUACAACAUAAGGGAGAUUCUCUUUCUCUUAGAAAAAACGUGUAAAUUUGUUAUGCAAAAGCUGCAAAAUAAUUGCAAUCCUAUGGCAGUUGUAUAUUACAUAUAUCACUGGUAUUUAUGUUUCUGCAAUGUGGUGCUCACGUACUCUUACAUACUUUGGUCAUAGGAGUUUUGCACUUCAUAUAAUCAUAGAGAAUCUCCCCUUUUAUGCAGUUAUAGGUAGAGUUUCAUUUUCGCUCCAUUGCUAUUCAUUACUCAAAAAUGUUGGUUUUGAUUUAAGAAUGCAAUGUUAUAAAAUGAAAAUGUGCUAAUGUCAAUUUUCUCUUCGUGUGCUUGAUAAUUGGCAGCGAAUCAUUUUAUAAAGUUACCUUCAAAUUAAUUUUACCAAUUCUAGUACAAGUUUACAAUACAAUAAUAAUAUGAAAUCUAAGAAAAGUUUGACACAACCACUACAUGUACAUACAUUAAAUAUAUGAAUAUAAAUUUGAUACUUUAAUACCAAUAUAUUGAAAGCUUAA